UUCCUUUCUAGAGUGCUUCUGAAGAAAUCUGGCUGUAAAAUACCAAGAAUUGAACUGGAAGAGAUGGGACCUUCAUUAGAUCUGCUUAUGAGGAGGACACAUUUAGCUUCAGAUGACCUGUAUAAGCUGUCUUUAAAACAACCGAAAGCCCUGAAGCCUAAGAAGAAAAAGAAUAUCUCCCAUGAUGUGUUCGGUACAACCUACGGUCGAAUCCACAUGCAGAAGCAAGAUCUUGGUAAACUGCAGACGCGCAAAAUGAAAGGGUUAAGAAAGAGGCCGGCAGAGAAGUCAGCUGGAGAUGGUGGGGUUAGUCCCAAAAAGUCAAAAUCGGCUUGAUAGUGGAACAGCUUUGAAAACUUUGUACCUGCAAAUUUAGUAUACAUUGUAAUAUAAAUGUGUUAGACAUAAAAGUUUCAGCUGCUGUUAGCUUUAGUUUUAUAAAAGAAGC